UGUCUAGAGAUUUAAAAAAAGUUAAUGGACGGUUUUAUGUGAAAAACCCCUUGUGGUGGCUCACACAAUGUAAUUAACCUCGAUUUCUCCUUUCAUUUUUUAUCGUAAGCGUGGCUGCGAGCAGUAUAAGUAAUCUCCUUACUUCAUGUUUAAGGUCACACACAACUGCAAGCAAUUGCAACAAAGUGAAAAAAAGUUGAGAAAUCUAAAUUCAAUGGCAGAGAAGGAAGGGGGGAUUGUGAAGAAAGGGCAUGAUGAGGGAAUGAAAAUGGCUAUUGGUCUUCUGGAAGAGUUUGGGCUCCCAUUGGGACUUCUCCCUCUUGCAGAUGUGAUUGAAGUUGGUUUCGUAAGGAAUACAGGUUACAUGUGGAUUGUGCAGAAAAAGAAGGUUGAACACAAAUUUCAGAUGAUCAGCAAACUGGUGAGUUAUGACACUGAAAUUACUGGUUUUGUUGACAAGAAGCAGAUCAAGAAGCUGAAGGGAGUUAAGGCUAGAGAACUCAUGUUAUGGCCUCCAGUGAAUGAGAUUGUAGUGGACGAUCCAUCCACUGGCAAAAUUCACUUCAAGAGCCUCGCUGGUGUAACCAAGACCUUUCCAGUUGACGCAUUCGCUGCCGGGCAGUAAAAAUAUGCACCGUCUUGUUCUUUGGGAGCCACCAGAGUCCAGAAGCUAUGGGGGUUUUUUGUGCUGCUUUAUGUUUUACUUGUAUGCAAUUUGUGUUGAUACGGA